AUGGGCAACGGAGCCAAAGCACAGCAGAAGCGCGACCGCAAGGGCGACUCAGGCCCCAAAGAAGCCAAGAGUCAACUGAAGGCUAAUGCCGCCGCCCAAACCAUCAAGUGCAAAACCUGCUUCCAGACCUUCCAGGGCACCACGAGCCGCAAGAUGUUGACCGACCACGCUACCAACAAGCAUAGCAAAGACUUCGGUGACUGCUUCAAUGCGGAUGAGGGUGUUGUGAAAUAA